AUGGAUGUCCUCGGGAACGACAAAAGAUGGCUUGUAACUCUUGUUGCCUCAAAUAAGGUCGUAGCUCCAGUUUUACAGGAUAUCGUGAAACAAGGAAUGGACAAGCUGUAUGCUUCCCUAGAUAAUCACCUUAAUGGCUUACCGACACCUCGCAGUCUACAAACACUGACCUAUGCAGAUGUAUGCCAUCUGACAGCCACUCCAAGUCCUGCUUCUUUGCUUAAAGACCUAAAUUUCGGAAAUAUUAACAACAAUUCUUGUGUUCAUGGAAGGACCAAAAUGGCCUACAACUACAAUGUAAACAGCCCAGUUGAUCUUGCCAAGCUUUAUCUCCCAGACUACCUGGCAGUAUUCUCGGCAUUCGACAAAUCUAUGGAUUUGAGUGCCGCUCUUAGACUUUUGGGAUGUAGGAAGUAUCCCAUACAAAUAUUCGUGUCUUCCAAUCCUUUCCACGAUAUUCAGUCGUUGGCAGAUGAUGUCAGAGAGAAUGUUAGGAAUCGGGGAAGUCAUUUUAAAGAGAGUGACUGGACCCAAAUUUUCUUUGACCAGUGCUUUGACAAGUUAAAGGCUCUGCUCAAAUAUCUGCCCCUGCUUCCCGUCAAAAAAAAGGAGCUUUUGGAUGAACUUUCUGCAUGGAAAACAGAGGGUACUGGAAAUGUCUCAACUAGUGUAAUAUAUUUUACCUACUAGUUACCUACUGUAACUACGCAACGAAUAGCUUGUUAAUAUAGCAAUUCUCCAGGUUGAAUGUUAAUUCAAGACCAGUAUAAAUACGCUUAAAGAGAGCAGAGACGUGGCUUUCCAGGGGUCACAGGGCAUUCUUCCCGGAAAUUUGAAAAUGUAUGUUUUUGGCUGCAUUUCCAGUAUUUUCGAAAACAUUAACCACUUAGGAACCAAACUCAGCGCAAACUCCUAACCUUGUUCGUGCUCAUGACGCUUGACUACUCUCCGUUCACAGGGAUUAAGCCCACUGCAUAAUUUUGUGGCAGGGCAUAUUCCUGGCUUUCAUUCAUGGUCCUUUGAGUAUGUUUUUGUUCGUUUAUUGUCUUUUAUUCGCAUCAAAUCAAACUAUACCGCCUGCGAUUGCCAUCAUGUUUUUCAUUCCCUCGGCAACUCACGCGAAUCUCCGCAAAUCUCCCGCGAAUCUCCGUAAAUCUCCCGCGGGUUUUCCCUGUACCAACGUAGUCGCUGCAACAUACUCAGAGGAGGCCGCUUUAGUAAUAUGAAGUAGAAACUGUCUUAUUUAUUACUCAAAUGCCGUAUCUACAGUGACAACAUAUCAUUUCCUCCUACCAAUUACUUCGCUUACUGCUCUACCUUAUAUCAAUACAGUCAUCAUCAUUAUCAUCAGCGACUUCAGAGUUGACAUUAUUAUUAUUGUUAUUAUUAUUAUUAUUAUUAUUAUUAUUAUUAUCACCAUAAUUUGUAAUACAGUCAUCUUUUUUAGGUUUCAAGAGGAUUGUUGACAAUGACGUCAAAGAUCUACUGGAAAAAUUCAAAAACGUCAAACUUGCUUCAAUUAAUGACAAAUUGGACGACAUGCCAACUAGAGAGGAGAACGAAAGAGUGACAGAAAAGCUCUUUUCUUUUCACACCAGUAUGAUGGAUAGAUUAGAUAGAAUGCAAUCCUUACUUCGAAAAGUUGAGCACAAGCUAGACGGUAAGUCUAAAGACAACAAGUACUAGCAAUUUGUAAAAUUGAAAAAAGAGAAGACUCUUCUGGUCGCUAACAAUUUCAAGCGCGUAAAUUUCCCAUUAACAUUCGCGAGCGAAUGGAGGACCACGUAGAUAGAUACAGAUGGAUAACUUGUUAUUGUUGUGUUGCAAAAGUGUGCAGUUUUGCUUAUUGGACACGCCAGUACUGUCGUCACGUACAGAAUCAAGAGUCCUAAUUGUUCUGUAAUUUAAGAGAUUUCUAGCAGUUUUUAUAUUGUACCUUUACAUGCGAACAGAACAAUACGAGCAUAGAAAUUCACCGAUCAUGCUUCAAUCAUUUCAAGAACCACACUUCUUUUCUAUUAACUCGGUUGCAUUUGUUAAAUUACGCAGGCAUUAGCGUCAGUGCUCUAAAUCAAGAAGGUAGGAAGAGUGUUCACUCUCAAGAAUCGAGCGUCUUAUCUACAGACGCCGCUUCCAAAGAAACCCGCCAAAUGAGGGAAAAGGUAACAUAAUAUGAUAACAAAUAGUUUCCAGUCAAAGGCCCAGACAUUAGACAAAAACAUAAUUUAUUUACUGGGUUCUGGUUUGCCAGUCCUGGGGUUCAUGUCGAUAAAAAAGUCAGCAUUGUAUCAGCUGCGAUAUACACUAAAACGAGGAUAAAAAUUACGAUUUAAGCACAGUUUUAAAUCACCCGAGAGAAGCAAAACAAGAGGACAAUUAGACUCUGACAAAGAGUUCCAGAAAGGUUAUCGAAACGACAGCCCCCCACUAUCUUCAACGGUUAAACUAUUGCUAUGCAAUUUUUCGUCGGAGUGUAUAUUAUAUCUAUAUAUCUAUCUAUAUCUAUAACUAUCUAUAUAUCUAUAUAUCUAUAUCUAUAGCUAUAUCUAAAUCUAUCCAUAUAUAUAUCUAUAUAUAUAUACAUAAGUUAAAGAAUUAAAUAGGGCACAUCGAUUCUCUGUGUCUGGUCACGAGAAUCGAUGCGUCCUCUUUAAUUCUUUAACUUAUGUAUACUUAGCUCUGCUACCACAGCAUUGAGUAUUUUAUGCCAAGGUAGACUCUACCCGCACAUUCAUUUAUAUAUAUAUAUAUAUAUAUAUAUAUAUAUAUAUAUAUAUGUAUGUAUGUAUACAUGUAUGUAUAUAUAUAUAUGUGUAUAUGUGUAUGUGUAUAUAUAUAUAUGUGUAUAUAUAUAUGUGUAUAUAUAUAUAUAUAUAUAUAUAUAUAUACAGAAAACGACCUCAAGACUAGAUACAGAAACCACACCGCAUCAUUCCGACACACAAGACUCAGAAACUCUACCGAACUCAGCAAGCAUAUCUGGACCCUUAAAGAAAUUAACAUUAACCACUAUAUUUCAUGGCGUAUCCUUUCAUCAAGAUCACCCUACAACAGCGCAAACAAAAGAUGCAACCUCUGCCUCAGAGAAAAAUUACUCAUCAUUCGCCGACCCGAAUUAUCAUCACUCAAUAAACGUAAUGAGCUCGUGUCCUCAUGCCGCCACAGAAACAAAACGUAACUAUGUGACAAUUGAAGUAUUAUUUUUAUGCAAAUUUAUAAAGUAUAUAAACGAUGGUACGAAAAUUCUUAACAAUAAAAUCCCUUGAUGAGUGAGCAGUGAGCAAUCACGAAACAGGCUUGUAGGGAUGAAAGUAUUGUCUUUUUGUUUUUUUCCUCUAUCGCAACACACAUCUAUAUAUAUAUAUAUAUAUACUUCAAAAUUGUCUUUCUUCCCUUAGGACGAAAACCCAGAAUCGAUGUGUGAGCUUCGAGCUGAAAUUGCCAAAGUAAGUCAACUACUAAAUUGUGUGACAGUUUUGAUGUAGUGCAAGCUUUUACAAAUUGCUAUGUCUUUGCGUUAUUCUUUUCACUUUUUUUUUUAAAAAACUAGUUUUUGAUUUUCAUCGAAAUUGGUCUUAAAAUUCUACUCCGAUCAAAUCCUCUUUUUCACUGUAAUAUGCUUAUGUGAGUAGUACUUGAUACUUGGGAGGGGCGCAGCUUUGAGAGCACUCGCCUCACACCACUGUGGUUUGGGUUUGAUUUACGGACUUGGUGUCACAUGUAUGUUAAGUUUUUCGUUGGUCCUCUUCCCUGCCCCGAUGGUUUUUCGUCUUUUAGAUUUGACGAAUCUCGGACCAGGAGCCUCCCUCUCAGCCCUCUAGUUUUCUCUUGAUAUGAGAAGUGGUGAUAAUCAGCGGUUUUAUACGUACAGCUUACAGUUAGCAGAAGAGGUUUUUAAAAGCAAGCACGAGGCGAUUGUCUAAGCCAAGUUACUUUCGGGAGAAGGACAAAAUAAAACCAACAUUUUGAAUUCCAAUCCAACCUGGAAACAAUGGACGAGAAGGCCAACUCGUGGAAUGUCCACCGCUAAAUUAUUUGAUCCCAUUAUUAUCGUUAAUGUUAUUGUUUUUGUAUGUCCCAUCAUUCCGAUUUUUAUGUUCUCAGCAAGAACUGCUCUUGCUAUCCUUCAAGUUCUUGAAUUUUUACACAGACUCUUCUCUUCGGUACUUGUGCUACGUUUCGGAUAGCCCUAUUAAUGAUCAAAAUUAGUUUGUGAGGGUAUUCUCUGUGUAACGGUGCGUCAUGAACAUUGUUAUUGUGAUUAUUAUAAGUGUCUUAGUAGCAAAGUGCUAAAAAGGCAGUCCUAUUUUACAGUUAUCAAGAAGAACUCUACACAAAGCUGCAAUCAGCGGUCGAUGCAACGUUGUCAAAGUACUUCUUGAAAGUGGUGAAGAUGUGGACCAGACGGAUAGGGUUACUAGCUUGAUUUUGCGUUUAGAUGUGUCUGUUCUUUUUGCUCCUUUGUACCAUAGAUUAAAAAGUAUUUGACCUUUAUCCAACGAUUUGCUUUGAUUUUGCAGUUUAAUUUAACGCCUCUUCACCUUGCCGCGUGGUAUGGGCAACGAGCUGUUGUAGAACUCUUGUUAAAGCACGGUGCAAAUGUGAAUGCUGUAGACAGCGUAAGUUGGUGACCACUCGUGUUUCUGUUCUUUUUGGCAAUAUAUGUCAGAUGUACAGUACUGACAAAAUAUUCCAGGCAAGAAAAGACUUGCAUAAGCUCUGGAAACCUUUCUUUUACAGAUUGUAUCUCGUGUCCAGGAAAACCGAUCUUAUUGAGUGAGUGGCAGUUACUCUAAUAUUUUGACCUUUGCAAAUUGAUAAUUUUUUACCUUUUAGUUUAAAAAAACAGCGCUACAAAAAGCUGAACACAACAAUCACCGAUGCAUUAUUGAGCUGCUUCUGAGGAAUAACGCGAGUCCCAGCUAUAACCAACCGGUAUGGUCAAAUCUUUAUUCUUCUUUCAUGUUUUGAAACUGCUUCUAAAAGCAUAUUACAUCAGGAUAACUCGAUAAGAUUAAGCAAACGCUUCUUUUAAUUACGGUUGUUUACUACCAGUUCGCAGUAGUUUUAUGUUUGGUGCACAGCCUCGUUUCUAUGGUCUUAGCGUCUUCUUCCAUCAACACCGAACAGCAGUGCAUACAUUUUGUUGUUCACCUACGUUUCGUUCAAUCUUGGAAUGUUCCACCGCGAAGAGGUCUAAAAUAUGACGCACAGAAUCUUAAAUGGAAGAGAAUCUUUGUCUUGAUGACUUAACUGAGAUUGUGAUACAACAUUGCCAUUUUCAGUGUUAUUGAAUAAUAACCCUGAAAUGAUGUUACAGUUUUUAUAUUGAAUUUUAUGUUGAACUCGUCAUCACAUGCCAUACUUGUGUCAGUGCCACACAACACCAACAUGAUCUGAAUCGUUUGAGUUUAUCUUAAGAACUAGUUUUCAGUCCUGAGUUUGGUUUUUGUUUUUGUUUUUUUUUGAUAAAUUACCGACCAUAACCUAUUUUUCAUUACAGCCUAGUCUACUGUCCCUUUCAAGAAAAGCUUUUCUCCAUGUAGAUGGGCGAUCUGGCUACAAUCAACUGCAGGCGGCUGUAUUUCAUAGCGAUUAUGACACUCUUAAGAAAGCUCAUGUCCCCCUUGAGAAUUUUGUCCAAGACAUGACUUUACAAAAAACAGGAAGCCAUGCAAAGGUAUUUCCUGGAAAAACUGCAUUAGAGAUUCUCUUGGCUCUCCAAGAUAAAGGAGAAGGAAAUGUUAAAAUAGAAAAAUUGCACAAAAAGUGUAUUGAGAUAAUUGAUACACUAAGUGAGCUGCACUUGUGUCAAGACAACAAUGAUGUAGAGAAGGCUGUCGAGAUGGUUCUGAACGAGGGUGUGGACAUUAACAUCCCAGGGAAAAGCAACCGUACACCUUUGAUGUGGGCAAGUCUAUCAGCCACUGGUGAGUUUAUUAAGACCCUCAUUAAUCUUGGAGCUGACGUAAAUGCUCAGAGGACAGACCACAAGAUUGCACCUUUGUCUCUGGCAGCUUACUGGAACAACCUCAUGGCCGUUGAUAUCCUUUUAAAGCAUGGAGCCGAUGUGAGUCUUCUAAAUAUCUCAAAAUGGACAGAAUUGCAUCAGUGUGCAGAAAAAGGAUUCUUAAGUGUCUCCCGGUUACUAAUUGAUUCGGGAUGCGACAUCAACUUGCGCGACAACAAAGGCCAAACUCCGCUUUACUUAGCCGUCAAAAAUAAACACAAAUACAUAGUCAAAUGUUUACUUGAAAGUGAAGCCGAUGUAAAUAUGAAAUACAAUGAGAAUGCAAGUGAUAGAAUUUACCUUGUUCGUGGGAAGGACAGAGGGAAACUAGCGUGGCGUUAUGUCCUAGUAGAGAAAGCUCUGUUGCCCUCGUUCUUUAUGCACGCUAAUGGUGGUAGUCUUAACGUUGCAGACUUUGGACUCGUCCUCACGAGUGGAUCGGGAAAGGAUCCUCCAGAGGACGUACGGAAGAAUAUUAAUGAAAUGGGCGCUACCUUUCCUGACACCCAAAGUCAGACAGUUCUUCAUGUUGCCUGCAAAAGUGCUAGUCUCGAGAUUGUAGAUUUACUUGUGAAAUACAAAGCAGAUAUAAACGCCUACGACGCAGACGGUUUCACACCACUGCAUUUGGCAGCGAUGUAUGGCAACAUUCAAGUAGUUAAAAGACUGGUUGAACUCAAUGCCGACGUUAGCUUGAAAGUGGAUGGAAAGGAUGCGGCUGACUUGGCUCGCAUGAACGAAGAAACAAAAAUUGGGGAGUAUCUUAACCCGAUAAGAAGCCUUUCCCAAAGAGACUCGGAAAGUCAGUCAGCGGAAAGUCAAUCGGCGGAAAUU